AUGGAGUCUUUCGAAGCACUUUGUCAAGCUCCCUUCCACCUGGAAUCCCUAUUCCCCGCCACCGGUGGCUUUAUUGAGGGCCGAUUCUGCGAGACGAUUGGUAAUAUCUCAUGCUGCUUGCCAUGCCCUCUUGCCGACUGGCGCUAUGCCGAUAAUACGGCCCGGAGGGUGGAUGUUGCGGGCUGGAUCAGCGUCGCCAUGCUGCCUCUGUGUCUCUUUCUCCUCAUUUCAUACGCCGUUCUUCCUGCCAAAUGGACCAACCGUCACUACCUGACUAUUUGCUUCACUCUGGGUAUCUGCUGCAUGGAGAUCGCCUUCAUUAUUCCUCUCGGUGCCAAGCCUGACCAAUGCUAUAACGCCAUUACACCUAAUGACAUGUAUUCCAACCUUUCGUGCGCCUUCUCCGGUUCGAUGUUACUAUUCGGCGGCUGGAUGGUGGUGAUAUGGAGUUUCAUCCGCACAAUCGCCUUCCACGUGCAGGUAUGCUGGGAGGUUGUCAUCGGACCCAAGUUCAUGUGGGGGUCCUUCCUCUGCGGAUUUGGCAUCCCGGCCAUCGGAAUCACCGUGAUGCUCAUCUUCACCGGCGUAUCCUUCCGCUUCGGAGAGAUCUGUCACAUCAACAUCAAACAUGGUGAGCAGGACUACUGGUAUCCGAUCGUGGCCUUUGCUGCGGCCGCACUCAUCGUGCAAUUAGCAACCAUGGCCUACUGCAUCCACGUCUACCUGCGCUCGCUCUUCGACAAAUCAGCCUCGACCACCGAAAACAGCUCCGGUCUCCCGUCAUACACAUCCAGCGUGCGCACUCAGACCGCUCGUCAGGCCUACCGCCGAGUGAAACGCGUGCUGCAGCUGCAGUGGCGUGGAGUCACCAUGGUGGUGGUCAUCAUUGCCAACGUCAUCUUUUUCGCCGUGGUAUUCAUCGACCUGGACCGCGAGAUCGCGCCCACGCCCGCCAACUUGAAAAAAGCAGAACCUUGGCUCGCCUGUCUCCUCAUGGGUGGGACCAGGGAGCAGUGCAAGGAGUUCGCAUCUGCACUCGGCCCCAACGAGGCGACCCUCCUGGCGAUGAUAUAUCUACUAUCUCUGGUGGGAUUCUGGAAUUUCAUUGUAUUUGCCCGACCAUCCAUGCUCGCCGGCUGGCUCGAUCUGUGGCGGCGGGGCUUCUCCAAGCGCGACGAGUACAUCUCGGCCGAUGCAAACAGCCGCUACCCAGAUAACAAGGGCUUCGAGAUGCUUACGACCUCUACUGCCAAAACCCCCGACCCGUACAUGCGAUCGCCCAGCCCCAACCGCAUGAUGGGACGUACCUCCGUGACCAGCCCCAGUCCGACAUUUGACCGAAGUAUUCAUUACGGACAGGAGGCCCGCUACGUGCGCCCCUCGAUGAGUUUCAGCGGCCCGCGACCACCCAGCGCACAAGACUGGGACCCGUCGAGGAGCUUUGCACAGAGCCAUACAUGA